AUGAAGGUCAUUCCCGUCCAGGCUAGGUCCGACAACUGGAUGUAUCUCGGCGAGACGGCCGUCGUCGACCCGUAUGAUGCACCCAAGAUCGACCAGGCGGCGAAGGACCACGGCGCCAACGUGAGCUGCGCUGUCACACCGGAAGCUGACGUGUCCCAGGUGACUAGGCUGAUCACGACGCAUCACCACUUUGACCACUCCGGCGGUAACGAGGCAUUCUUGCACCCGGGAAUCAAGGUGUACGCUGGCUCGGAGAAGGCGCCCGGUGCGAAUGUGAUCGUCAAGGACGGCGACGAGUUCGACAUCGGUGACAUUCACGUCAAGAUUCGAUCUGCUUCUACGUCGAGGACAAGAAGACCGGCCAGCGCGGUGUCUUCACCGGAGACACGCUCUUCCUCGCCGGCUGCGGCCGCUUCUUCGAGGGAGAUGCACGACGCUCUGACCAAGCUCGGCAAGUUGCCGGAGGACACGCUCGUCUUCAACGGACACGAGUACACGAUGGGCUCGGCCAAGUUCGGCCACCACAUCGAGCCGCACAACGAGGCUAUCAAGAGGCUUAUGGAGAAUGCGCAGGCGAGCGACUGCACCACGGGCAAGUCGACGAUCGGCGACGAGAAGCAGUGGAACGUCUUCAUGCGCCUCGACACGCCAGAGGCUCAGUGGGACCCCGUCAAGGUCAUGCAGGGACUGCGUGAUCUCAAGAAUGAGUUCUAA